GAUUAUGACGUGUGCCGGAUCCAGUUGAAUAGAACUCUCUGCGUCCUACCGCCACGUCUUGGCCCCAGCUGCUAGAACAUCCACCGUUAAAUAACUAGUGAGUCCUACUAGAGUUAUUGUGAACCGUCAGAUAAGAGUCCAAAAGAGAAAGUGGGACCAAUAUGAAUUCAAAAAAUCUCUUUGGUUUUAGAAGAUUGUAUUGUAUCAGUAACGUUCCACAUACGCAACGACCAAAAGAGCUUUUUCGCGUGACCACCAAAUCACCAAUGGAUCAAAACGGCGUCGUUAGCUUCCGCCACCGUCAAUCUCCCUCGUCCGAUCGGUUCCUCGGCGUGUUCUCUCCGCCGCAGAGUGAUGCUGCUCUUGGCGGCGGGAUAGAUUCAUCGGUCGCCGAUGAUGAUGAGCUCAACGAAGAUGACGUGUUCUGGACUGGAAGAGACUUCACUGAAUCUCAACGCCGCUCUACUUCUCCUUCACAAAAUAGUCGCCGUCAGUCCUUCCUUAAGCAUGAUAAGUUUGGUAUUCUCGCUGCAUUAUCGGAGGAUCACCGGAAAACUGACCUUCCUGUUCUCCGUCGGAAGUCUUCAAUCACUUCCUCGCCUUCCGGUACGGCGCCGAUUUCAGCUUCGCCUUCUACAGUGAUAGCGUUUUCACGUGCAAUACCUUUGAUUCCUAAGCCUCCAUCGGAUAAUUUUAACCACUCAAAAUCCAUGCCGGCGAGGAAGUUCCAGCACUCGGCUCCGGUGAAUGUUCCGAUGAUGCCGAAGAAGGCACCGAGGAACGGCGAUCUUGCUGAUAUUGAAAUUGACGAGGAUGAUGCCGAUGAUGAGAUGUUGCCGCCGCACGAGAUGGUGGCACGAGGAUCAAUGCGAUCUCCUAGAACCACGUUCUCGAUGCUGGAAGGCGUCGGAAGAACUCUCAAAGGGAGGGAUCUUCGUCAGGUUCGCAAUGCCGUGUGGCGCCAAACAGGUUUUCAGGACUGAAAUAUGUUCAACAUAUGUUGAUAUAACUGAUAGAUUUUGUUUUAGAUAUCUAAACUGAGUUUGAUGUUUCUAGUUAUAUUUUGUAUAUAGGCAAUGGAGAAAUGUUUUUACAAGUUUCUUCAGUUGUUUAUAUGUGGCUUAAGUGUAUUGAAGGAAGAUGAAAUUAUUAUCUAGAAUAUUUUUGGGUGA